AUGUUUGGUGUGGCUCUCGCUGUACUAGGCCCAUUUGAUAAGCCUCAAGCAACAAUACCUGAUGAUUCAGAAGAUGAUUCUUCUAAUGAUAGGACCGUACAAGAAGUUGAAUUACCACGCAGAGAAAGUUCAGGAAGAGGAGAUUCUGUUACAGAGUCCAGCCAUGGAAAGAAGAAAGGCAUGGUUCUUCCAUUUGAACCAGAUUCUAUCACUUUUGAUGACAUUGUAUACUAUGUUGUCAUGUUAUCAGAACAUGAGAAGCACAUUCCUGAUCUUCAUGUCUUGAUAUCUAAACCAUUUCACCCUGCCUAUGUUACCGCCGAAAGAAUUAAGAAAGCUAAGAAUUUAGAGCUACUUUUAAUUGCCGGAAUUGGUUCUGAUCAUAUUGAUCUCAAUGUUACGGCUGCUGCUGGUUUAACCGUCGCAGAGGUCACAGGAAGCAAUACAAUGUCGGUGGCUGAGGAUGAGCUCAUGAGAAUUCUCAUUCUGGUGAGGAAUUUUGUGCCUGGUUACCAUCAGUCUAUUACCGGAGAAUGGAAUGUUGCAGGCAUUUCACAUAGAGCCUAUGAUCUUGAAGGAAAGACAGUGGGAACGGUGAGUGCGGGACGAAUCGGGAAGCUUUUACUCCAAAGGCUGAAACCUUUUAACUGUAACCUUUUAUAUCAUGAUAGACUUAAGAUUGAGCCUGAAUUAGAGAAAGAAAUUGGAGCUAAGUUUGAAGAGGACCUUGAUAUAAUGCUUCCAAAGUGCGAUGUAGUUGUUAUCAACACGCCUCUCACUGAAAAGACAAGGGGAUUGUUUAACAAAAAUAGAAUUGCUAAGUUGAAGAAAGGUGUCUUGAUUGUUAACAAUGCUCGCGGGGCAAUUAUGGACACACAAGCAGUUGCUGAUGCUUGUUCUAGUGGACACAUUGGAGGUUACAGUAGGGAUGUUUGGUUCCCUCAACCAGCUCCAAAAGAUCAUCCAUGGCGCUACAUGCCAAACCAUGCCAUGACUCCUCAUAUUUCUGGAACCACCAUAGAUGCACAUUUACGCUAUGCUGCUGGAGUUAAAGAUAUGCUUAAGAGGCACUUCAAGGGUGAAGACUUUCCUCAACAGAACUACAUUGUGAAGGAGGGUGAAUUAGCAAGCCAAUACCGGUGA